UAAUCCGUUUUUUCCAGAAGAUUCCUGCCCGUCGCCAUUUUGUCUCGCCGAGGACUUUGUAAUGGCGGAUAGGCAGUGAAGAGCUGCGAGCGUGUUUAUAGACGCCUGUGAACGGGGACUGGUUCCGAAAGGAAAGAUGAGGUAUUCCAGACAAAGUCAAUAUGCUGACUGGGAUGAAAAACAAUGUUGGGAUCCCCAAAAUCAGCAUAAGAGAAAAAGACAAUCACACAGCACAUAUGAAGGCAAACGGUGCAAAUAUAAUCACACUCAAAUGUAUGAUAGCUUUUAUAAAGAUACCAGCUCCUUCCAUGAAAGAGGUGAUCAUGAACGGUGCUACGUUGAAGAAUACAGAAGCAACGAUAGUCAGUUGUCUGAAAUCAGGCACCAUUGUAGGGUCCAUGAGAAUGAUUAUCACAACCAUAGCAGCAAGUCAUCUGGUCAGAGUGGUAGAAGCAGUUACAAAAGAAAAUGCAAGGCUCAUCAUAAUAAAUCAUAUCAUGCACACACGAGGAGUCACCGAAGGAAAAGAUCCAGGAGUGUAGAGGAUGAUGAGGAGGGUCACCUGAUCUGUCAGAGUGGAGACGUACUAAAUGCAAGAUAUGAAAUUAUCACUACUCUGGGUGAAGGUGCUUUUGGAAAAGUAGUAGAGUGCAUUGACCACAAAACGGGAGGUAAACAUGUAGCAGUGAAAAUAGUAAAAAAUGUUGACAGAUACUCAGAAGCAGCUCGCUCAGAAAUACGAGUGUUGAAGCACUUGAAUUUGUCAGAUCCUAAUAGCAUGUUUCACUGUGUCCAGAUGUUGGAGUGGUUUGACCAUCAUGGCCACAUUUGCAUUGUGUUUGAACUGCUAGGACUCAGUACCUAUGACUUCCUUAAAGAAAACCGUUUUCUGCCUUUCCGUCUGGACCAUAUCAGAAAAAUAGCUUAUCAGAUUUGCAAAUCUGUAAAUUUCUUGCAUUCAAACAAGCUGACUCAUACAGAUUUGAAGCCUGAAAACAUACUGUUUGUGAACUCUGAUUUUACAGAAGAAUAUAACCCUAAACUGAGACAUGGUGAACGCACAUUGAAACAUCCAGAGAUCAAAGUUGUAGAUUUUGGAAGUGCAACAUACGAUUAUGAGCAUCACAGUACUCUUGUAUCUACAAGGCAUUACAGAGCUCCUGAAGUCAUAUUGGCUUUGGGAUGGUCACAGCCAUGUGAUGUCUGGAGUAUUGGCUGUAUUCUUAUUGAAUAUUACCUUGGAUUUACAAUAUUUCCGACACAUGACAGCAAAGAACAUCUGGCUAUGAUGGAGAAGAUACUAGGGCCAUUACCAAAUCAUAUGGUUCAAAAGACCAGAAAACGCAAGUACUUCCGGUAUGAUAGUUUGGAUUGGGAUGAAUUCAGUUCUGCUGGCAGAUACGUUUCAAGGCGUUGCAAGCCACUGAAGGAAUUCAUGCAGUGUCACAGUUCUGACCAUGAGAAUCUAUUUGAUCUCAUUCAGAAAAUGUUGGAAUAUGACCCUGCUGAGCGAAUCACACUUAAAGCAGCUUUGGAGCAUCCUUUCUUUUUCCCAUUAAAGGAGAAGAUGAAACAAAAUUUUUAAAGAUACUGCCACUCAAAAAAAAACAAUGUUUUUAAUAUUUAUUUUGUAAUCCUGUAAAUUUAUUUUCAUAUUGUCUUGUUCUGUUUAAGCUAGCUCUUAAAAUAAAACAUUUAACA